ACACCGGCUGCUGCCUGCCCGGCUGUUCUUGUCCACCCGGCAUGUACGAGAACGACGAGGGCAUCUGUGUGACAGCAGAAGCCUGUCCAUGCCGUUGGAGCCUCCCUACCGACAGUGACGGGAUGCCCGCAAACGGGGAGACGUACGAUGCCAACACUGUCCUGCAGUUUGGCUGCAAAUAUUGUAACUGCUUCGGUGGGCGCUGGAACUGUACAGCUGGGGAUGUUGUAACCCCUGGCUGGUCGUCCUGGACGCAGUGGUCCUCAUGUACCGCCUCGUGCAAUGGUGGGGAGAGGGUGAGGACCAAGAGCUGUACCAACCCGCCCCCUAGCUGUGAGGCGGAGUCCUGCACCGGGACUGGAGAAGAGACGGAGCCUUGCAACGAACAACCAUGUCCAGAGGGCUGCCCUUACCCGCGGGUGGAGAUGCCGUGUAACAGCACCUGUCCCCGCACUUGCGCACAGCUGCGAGGGGAACCGUGUGUGGAGCCCGAGUGUGAGACUGGCUGCUUCUGUGCUAACGGCACGUUUGAAGACGACGGUGACUGUGUUGAGGAGUGUCCUUGUAUCCUAGAUGUCCUGGAGUAUACCACCGGGCAGCUUGUAGGAAACCUUACUGACGGCACACCCGUGUAUGACGGUGAUACCAUCGAGCCAGGAGUCGAGGUCCGCAUCAGCGAAUGUGAGACCUGUACCUGUGUGCACGGCGUGACAAGCUGUCAGGAUACUGGAACACCAGUUGAUGGUGGUUGGACGGAGUGGACUCAGUGGACGGCUUGCACGGCUCCAUGUGACCAGAUGGGCACCAGUGAGCGCACGCGGACCUGUACAGACCCCGCCCCGGCGUGCGGAGGCAACCCCUGUACCGGAGACGACACCGACACUAAGAACUGCUGGGGAGACCCUUGUGGUCAAGAAUGCGAGUACACACAGUGGUCUGAGUGGUCCGACUGUCCCGUUACCUGUGACGGCGGCACGGUCCAGAGGACACGGGAGUGUGUGGAGGUCACCACGACCACACCGUGCGACACCUGUCCCGGAUACCCGAACAACGACACCGAGACUGAAUCCUGCAACCGUGAUCCCUGUGAGGAGGAGUGUGUGGACGGGAAGGUGUACACCACAGAAUGCACCUGUCCCAACACCUGUGCAGAGUACGGCGGAACAUCCACCUGUACUGUACCUGACCCGUGCCCACCUGGAUGCCAGUGCCCACCAGGUACCUACGAGCAGAACGGCACGUGCGUGCCUCCGGACCAGUGCCGCUGCGAGAUCACGUCACUGAUGAUCUCAGACAGCAACCUGUCACCCGACCAGUUCCAGAACCUGACCCUGGCCGGCAACGGGAACUACGUCAUGGACGCUCUGGACGUCAUCAUCGGGAACUGCUCCGUCUGUAUUUGCUACCAGGGCAGACUGAACUGUACUACAGACGAAAGCUGCUAUGAACCUCCCGGCUGGUCCUCCUGGUCCCCAUGGACUCCUUGCUCAAAGACGUGUAUCGAGGUAAACGGCACAGACAGCGUACGGGAGCGCGUCAGGACCUGCGACAACCCACCUCCACAGAACGAAAAUGAGGACUGUGAAGGUUCAGACUACGAACAGACAACCUGCAAUGUGCCGAUAUGUAACACACCAGGAGGCUGGACCCCAUGGACCCUGUGGACCCCCUGCAGCGUGACCUGUGGGGCGGGGACUAUCGUGAGGACAAGGACCUGUAGUAACCCCCCGCCCGACACCAUGGAACUGGACUGCGAAGGGUCCACUGUGGAAACCAUGAUCUGUAAUGCACCAGAUGAUUGCUACGAGUGUCCAGAGAAUCAGCAGUACUACAGCUGUCUGGACUGUCCCAGGACAUGUCUGGAGAUCCAGAAUGGGGCGGAGUGUAGUGCCACUGGUUGUACCCCCGGCUGUGGUUGCCCACCAGGAAUGGUGCUGCUGAACCAGACCUGUAUUGAGUAUAACGAGUGCCCCUGUAUUGUCCAUGACCCUACACAUCCAGAUGCUGAUGCUGAUGGAUUUGUGACAUACCCAGAAGGAUAUAACACAACCGUGGACUGUAACAACUGCACGUGUGCAGAGGGCCAGUACACCUGUACCACGGAGACAUGUGACAGGGACUGCGAGUGGAACUCCUGGCAGACAUGGUCCCCGUGCACGGAGACGUGUGGCGGCGGCAUCAGGACACGCGAGCGCACCUACACUGCGCCGGUCGGAAACGGACUCUGCGUCGAUAUGACAGAAACCACUGAGACAGAAUAUUGCAACACUGACUCUUGUCCGACUGAUGGAAACUGGAGCCCGUGGGGUGAGUGGACUCCCUGCGACGUGCCAUGUGACGGAGGUAUUCAGUACCGGUACAGGAACUGCUCCAACCCGCCACCCAAGAACAACGGCACGGACUGUCCUGCUAACGGAGGGGUGGAGACGAUGCCAUGCAACGCCCAAAUGUGCAAUGAGACCUGCCCCUACCCCACUAUCCUGUCGGGCUGUGCUAACCAAUGUGGUCACCAGUGUGGGGAAACAACAGGCAACUGUGUGAACGAGGACGAGUGUGUGUCAGGUUGUGUUUGCCCCAACAACACCAUGUCUCUGAACGGAGACUGCGUCCCCGUGUCCCAAUGUCCGUGUGUCAUCGACGGCAUCGAAUACCAGCCAGGCGAUAUCAUCUACCAAGAUUGCAAGGAAUGCACAUGUGUGAAUGGGGAACUCAACUGUACGAAUGAUGACUGCCCAGUUGACUGCGAGUGGAGUAACUGGCAGCCAUGGUUGACAUGUAGCGUUACCUGUGGCAAUGGAACCACCACACGAUACAGAUCGCCUAACAACCCCCCCGCUAGUAACGGAGGAGCAGAGUGUGAGGGGGAGGACCAGGAGACUAAGGAGUGUACGGAUGACCCCUGUGAGACACCGUGUCUGUACAACGGCCAGGAGUACCCUCUGGGCGCAGUGGUGGAGAUAUCCAACUGCAGGCAAUGUACAUGUGAGGAGGGUGGCUUCAACUGCCAGGACAUACAGUGCCCAGUUGCUGCCUGGGCGGAGUGGGGCAGCUGGUCUACCUGUGACGUGUCCUGCGGAAACGGCACCCAGACCCGCUCCAAGGUCUGUAACGCCACGGAGACCGCGUGCUGCGACGCCUGCGUGGGAGACCCGCCAACAGAGACACAGCCAUGCCACCUCAUGGACUGUCCAAGUGCCUGUACUGUCCAGACUGACGUGAGAGACCUUAGCAAGGGCGAAUGCGUGGCCCAAGACGUGGAGGUCAUGUACUGUUCCGGAAAGUGCGACUCCUACACCAGGAUCAACUCCUUCGCACCAGUUAACGACACGUACAUCGAGAACCACCUCUACGCGCCGUUCUUCGACACCGUCUGUAAAUGCUGCACCUUCAUCCUGAACGAGAGCCAGCCGGUCAAGUUCGUGAGCCUGACGUGCCCGAACGGCGACACGGACGACAUCGUCCUGCCGGUCAUUGAUCGCUGCGAGUGUCUGGAGUGUGGAGGGGGAAAUCCUGACGAAGUACCCUCGUCUUAAAGCAAAAUCCAAGUACAUCCAGACCUGACAAACCGGGCCGGAUAACAAGACGACGACAUUGCAACUAUCUUACGAUAGUCCAUCAUUUUCUUAGCUGUGACCUUUUCUGUUGAAGCAUUCCUUGAAACUAUCUCUAAUUAUUGCUCUGAUUCUCUUCAAUUGACCAUUGGUCAAUGUUUGACAUCGUCAUAUUCUCUAGUAUGUAAUGAUACUGAAAUGUUGUGAUUCCAUCAUGCACAACUUGAAAGACACGGGUGAGCAUACCCAAGAUAUUGUAAACGAUACCAAUGUGUAAACAUCUGAAGUAUAUUACAAUGAUCGAUAUUCUUUUCUGUUGCUCUUAUUUCUGUCAAGGAUGUAGAGAAAGGCACGGCAUUAAACUAUCCCAGCAUGAACAA